ACAAAUUUUCGAAUCUGGAAAUUUCAACAGUCGCUCGGGGUUAACAAUAAGAAUCAGCAAAGCAUUUAGUCCUUCUUGCCCUGGGAUUGUCGACGCAUCCGAAAAAUACUAUAUACUCGAUCCAAACUGCAGAAGCUUAUCGAGACCUCAAGUUGCUUUCGUUCUUGGCUUCUGAUUAAUUGCUCCUCUUUUUCUCCCCCUCAAUGGAACCCACAAUGCCGGUUGCUUACCUACAGCAUCUAUCACCUAAUAUACUCUACUCCAUACUCCGUACAUACAGUAAACAGACAGACGAGAAGAAGCAGUUCGUUCCUCCUCUGAUGUGCCACUUUAACACGGCUACGCACAGCACAUUCAUUGGGGCGGUCGGUACCUGACUUGUUGCCUAUCUAGGCACCCAAGGCACCUUAACCUACCUAGGUACCUUACCUAAUUGACCACCAUCCAGUUCGGCACAUUAUAUGUGCGUGUUUUAUGGUGCCAUCUGUUAGGUCGUUUGCUUGCAUACACGUUGAGUCGUCUUGAGCCUCUUUGCUCAUAUGUACAGAUGUCAAGACUUGCUUCCAUGUUAAUUUGACCGCCCAUCAAUGGGCCGGCCUGCCAGUUAGUGCUGCAGAUGAUUGCCCGUUUUGUUUUGCCCCUCCCCCACCGUCGCGUUCUAAAAUCCUACUACGUAUCCAAGUUUGCCAAGCCAGCGACCGCUGCCCGCAUCAAGGCUUUGCUGCCUGUCGAACGUUUUCCCAGCUGACCGCACUAGUAAGGCUUGAGUAAAGAAGAGGGAUACAUUUAUUAGGAGGUUACCUCACCCCAAGGCAAUCCAACCACUUACCAUUCCGCACCCCCACCUCAGCCGAGGGUGCCAUUCCGAACUGCUCGUGUGCCCCUUGCACCUUCCUCCCUUCCAUCCUUUUCCCCCCUCAAUCAAAGCUCUGCUGGCUCCAAGGGACCCACCACAAUCUUACAUUUUCGCACAUAACGCUACCUCGGUAGAGUUACGCGUGCGUCACAUAUACGCGCAGGACACGCACGUAAUCAAUACGGGCUCGAUCCUGCCAAACCACAAAAAAAAAACAUUAACUCUAAGCGAACAAAAAGAGGUCAUGUCGUUGCAAGUGGAGGAACGGCGCCGUGGCCGUUCGCGUUCCCCCGGCGGCCGUGACAGGAGCCGGAGCCGUGAACCCCCUGCCAGGGUCAUCGAGGCAUCGGCUCCAUACCCCGAUGACGAUAGAGAUGGCGGUGUGCGCAUGUAUGAUUAUGAGGACCCUCGUGCCCGGAGCUACGACCUGCCAUACCCUGCUCCAUCAGGCAGAGACCGCGAUGCCCGCGACGAGCCCGACAGGUUUUCGUACCUUCCGCAAAAGUACGCCGCCCAGUCCGAGGGCCGAUCCCGGCGUGACAACCGGGACCGGUACGAUGACGACGAUUUAGCCUACGGUGCCAAGGAGCCUCCUCCUCCACCUUCGUCAUCUAGUUACCAGUACGCUCAGCCAAAGCAGUACGAAUACGACAGGGCCGAUGACAGGCUCACGUACUCGUCCUCGCGCCAAGACAGCAGCCAGCUUCUCGUCGCUGGUGAGCCUCGUCGCCGCGACAGGUCCAGAAGCCCUGGGCCCUCUUCCAGCUCCAAAUCUUACCGCGAUGACCCUCGCGGCUCCUCUGCCAGCAUCGUGACGAUUGAGCCGGGGGUCAGCAGCAGCGCCAGUCGCCGGUCUAAGCGCGAUUCAUCGCCACUACCACCCACUGCUCGCAUGUCAUCAUUGUCGGUCAGCGGUGGUCACCACCGAUCCGGUAGCAUGUCUCUUGCCGCCGCGCCUCCUUCGCCGCUGCUGGAGUCGUAUCAUGGCACAUAUCAGUCCAUGUCCCCCAUGCCGUCGCCGCUGAUGAUUGCCUCGCGCGACCCCGCUGGCCAUGACACUCGGAUCCUGGAUGUCGCGCCUCUCGACUCGGACGACGAUGACCGGUAUGGUGGUGGUGACAAGACGAAACGGCGUGCACGCUUUGCCGAUCCGGCUGGCGAUGCGGAGCGACUGGCAAAGGCACUCAAGGGCAACGCACCGCCCGACGUCGAACCUCUGAUUGAGAUCCUGCCGGGCCUGACGCACGAACAGAUUAUGACGCUGCGGGUCGAAUACAAGCAGCUGGUCAAGACGGGUCCGGAUCGAAAAGGCGUGAACAUCGCCAAGCACAUCCGCUCGAGGCUCAAGGAGGAUGAGCCUAACCUGAUGAAGGCCUGUUACGCCGUCGCGUUGGGCAAGUGGGAGUCGGAGGCCUACUGGGCAAACUACUGGUACCAAGGCGACAAGACACGGCGAGAGCUGCUGAUAGAGUCGCUCAUGGGACGGACCAACGACGAGAUCCACGAGAUCAAACAGGCGUUCAGUGACAAAAAAUACGACAACAGCCUGCGCAACUGCAUGAAGACCGAGCUGAAGGAGGACAAGUUCAAAAAGGCGGUCAUGAUGGUUCUCGACGAGCAACGUAUGGAGGAGGUUGAUCGACAUGGACGGUACCUGCCUAUGGACCGGAUGCUCAUUGAGGACGACGUACGCGCUCUUUACCGCGCCGUCCGAUCAGAGAAGGGCGGGGAGAGCGCCAUGAUCCAGAUUGUCAUCAUGCGAAGCGACAGCCAUUUACGCGAAGUGCUGAAGCUGUACAGUGCUGAAUAUAGGUCUAACUUUGCCCGCGAUGCAUUGAAGAAGAGCGGGAACUUGGUGGGGGAGUUGCUUGCACACAUUCUCAACGGUGUCAUCAACAAGCCGGUUCGCGACGCGCUACUGUUGCAACAUGCCUUGACCGCAUCAAAACGUGACGACCUGCGUCGGGAGCUGCUCACGUCGCGCCUGGUCCGCUUCCACUGGGACCGCCACCAUCUUGCGGAUAUCAAGGUGGCCUACCGCGAGCGGUACGGCAAGGACCUGCAAGAGGCUGUGCGCGAUGCGACGGGAAGUUCAGGCUGGGGAAAGUUUUGCAGGGAGUUGUGCAUCACACGCAUGCCCGACGAUGUUAGGCGGGUUGAGCGUGUCAGUAGGCGUUGAUUUUAAUAUCUGUUCCCUGGCCGCUUUCAUUAUUUCUCCGGCCGCUCUCUAGUCUAGGAUCCACGAAUGUAGGUGCAUUUUUGGAGAUACUCAGAAAUUCUUUUGUGUACAACAAACACAUGGACUAUCUCGGGGUUAUACAACCUUUGACCUGGUUAGACUGCUUACUUUAGCUGGGAAAACUUGAACUUGUCUACCGCACAAAAAGAACCCCCCCCCCCC